AUGACUCUCUCGGUGAGAUCCACAUGUACAUACUUGAGCUUCAUAGCGGUGCUGGGUGCGCUGCAUAGCUUCAUCCAAGCCUCCAUGUCGGCACCAGGAAUUCUACUACCUCAGACGCUCGUGUACUUCGACAAUUACGAGCUCGACAAUGUGCUGUACCGCCAACGCGAGUGCCCAACUUGCAAAACCACCAAACUCGCUCGCUCCAAGCAUUGUUCCAUUUGCAACAAAUGCGUCCCGCGCUUUGAUCACCAUUGCGGGUGGCUAAACACUUGCAUCGGCGAAUGCAAUCACCGAGUCUUCCUGCGCUUCCUCCUGAUGAAUGCGCUGUUGUGCAGCUACGGCUCAUACGUGCUGUACGCAAUUCUGGCCGACGAGUACGGCCAUUUACUGGGCGACGAAUUCUUGGACGAAAAAAGCGGUACUGUUGUACAAGGCGAUAUGAUGGUCGUGAUUCGAUACUUGAUCCAUGAAGAAUCUGUCGUCACGGUGCUGUUCGUCCUCUGUGUCGGCAUGGGCUUCGCGCUGUUGUGCUUUGUCGGGUUUCACCUGUACCUGGUUUCCAGCAACCUCACUACGAACGAGUUUUUCAAGCGUAGGGAGCUUCGUCGGUUGCGCACGUGUCCGCGCAUACACAAGUACAAUCUAGACUCUCUUGUAUCCAACUGGCGUGAGGUAUGGGAGCCUCGAUACAAAGCAAGAGUUGUUGCUGUAAAGAUGGCCAACUCUAGACGCCCUCAUCAUCAAAAAACGGUAAAAUCAGCGUAG